AUGGAAGAGGACCGGAGCGGGAAUCAGAGCAUAACGCGGCCGGUGAUUUUGCGGCGCUCGUGUGACCAAUGUCGCGUAAGAAAGGUCAGGGUUUUGAUUCGAUACUCUCGCCAGCGAUCGCGUGCGGAGCUGAUUGCAUCAUCGCCUUGUGCGAACUGCUCUAGUGCUAGGCUUGUAUGCACACACUCUCCUCAGAAGCCUAGAACUGGCGAGGGCCGCCAGAGAGUGCUCAUAUCAGCAAAUUAUGAAAAAAAGAUUGAUGGGAUUGCCCAGAAUGUCGAAGGCAUAAGACAGCUACUUCAAGGUCUUGGCAUACGUGCAAUUCCGGGAGCUCCGUCGUCGGCCCUCAAAGUUCACCAAGCAGUUCUUCGCCCUGAGACCCCCGGUCAGGAUUUGAAGAAAACACGGCCGCGUGACUAUGAAGAGAGGGCAUCUCUUUUCCAUGCACAAUCCAAGCUCACGGGCCGAUUUGUAAGUGAAUUGAUUGGUUUCAGGCCGUUCUCACAACCCAAUGCAAACCGUAACGCGAUCAUGGAAUCGUUACGAGAAAUACUCGCUUCAGGUGACGAAAAUGAUCUCGAGGGCAGUGAGACUGCCGACGUCACCAUGCCGGGCCUUCCCGACAGCUUAGAGCUACCGCCUCAGGAAGAAGCUGUGAUUGUUUUACGCUGGGCAAGAGAAAAUACUCCGUGCUACAUCCUAUUUUGGCUUGGUCAGGUUCUUGAUAUUGAGCAAUUUGCGGAUUCCUGCCAACUGGUCUAUUUUCCUAUUACGAAUUUUAGCCAACUCGACUUUAUCAUCGCGAACAGCUUCCUGGCAUGGGUAUUCUGCGAGUAUGGUUUUGUCUCAGGGCAAGAGAAAUACUUCGGCUUUGGCACCCAGUGCCAGUCGAACGCGUUGAAUAGUAUCUCUCAUCUCCCGUUGGUUCUGCCACCCUCAUCAAAGGCGAUCGCUAGUCUAGUUCUCGGAGCUCAGCAUGCCAUUGAUACCAAUCAGCCAACACUUGCGUGGACUCUAAACUCGACGGCUUCAAGCAUGUGCCAGACGCUUGGAUAUCAUCGGAGAUCGCGCAUGGAAAAUUAUGGAGAGAAAGCCAAGACAGAGAAGGAGAAGCUCUUCUGGUCAGUGUACAGGCUUGACAAAGCUCUGAGCCUGCGACUCGGUCGGACACCAGUACUUGUGGAGUACGAUGUUGCUCUCCCGCUUGAGCCUACCGUCCGUCGAUGGAUUAAGUUUGCCGAUAUCCAAGCUAGAACAUACAACCAGCUUUAUAGCUGUGUCGCGUCACAUAAGCGAGAAGCGGAGCGAAUGGAAAUGGCCGGUGCGUUGUCUGUAGAAUUGCAAAUGCUUUUGGAUCAACAGCAUAAGUCAUAUUCUACAGAAAAUGCAGCUCUCCAGGCACAAAUUGACCCAAGGAAGAGUGUAUACUUACAAACAGAGCGUGUCGUCUAUCUUUCUGUUCUCACGCUGAUAUGCCGCAUGGCUCCAGUCACCGCAGGGAUCUUUGACUGUAUUCCGAAUCAUGCAAUCGAAGUCGCCCGUAUGGCGCUAGAGACUCACAGACAAUCUCUGCAUCAUCUCCGGUCCCUUACCAAUGUGCCCUUAGUAUUCAGGAGCCUCAUAAAUUGGACCGUCCAUUUUGUUCCUUUUUUACCAUUCAUCGUUGUCUUUUGUUCCGUUAUGCACGACUGCAAUGCAGCGGACCUCGCGCGCCUCGAAGACUUCGUAGCAUGUCUGAGCACUGGCGAGGGCUACCCACACCCUCGUGCCUGCCAGUUAAUGACAACCCUUUUUGAGCUUGCGAGGCUGUACUGUGAAGUGAAUUCCUCGGAAUCCACUUUCGACCCGGAAACGGGCAGUGAGGAGUUUGAUGAUUUCCUCGAUAUGCUGGGAAUCGACCGCCAUCAAUGGGAUUGCCUUGGAGAGGGUGAACUGGGCGAGGAUGGUUCAGACCCAACAAAUCUAUCAAUAUGA